GGCACCCUGAAACGGAACGCACCCCAAAACCGCACCAUUAUACUCAAUGGCUGCGGCAGUGGACUGUGGACUAUUAUGACGUCAUGAUGAUCGCACUGCCAGCAAAAAGGGAACACACCCAAAAGAAAUCUUUUGCUAAUAGAAAAAACAAUAAUUCUCAGAAAUAUAAUCGACAUAUUUCAACAUAGCAACAGCAGCAGCUCUUUGCAAAAUGUCACAUCAAACAGGAAUUAAAGCCAACGAUGCAUUGAAAAAAUUGUUUGCGAAAUGUCGUGAUGGAAAAAUACGAGUACUCAAAAUUUCGAUAGAAAAUGAACAAUUGACUCCAGUGUCUAGUUUUAAGCCAAUAAACAAAUGGCAAGAUGAUUACGAUAAAAUGAUCAAGCCAUUAAUUGUGGAGAAUCAGCCAGCUUAUAUCCUUUAUAGAUUGGAUACCAAAUCACCAGAUUCUGGUUAUGAUUGGUUAUUCAUAUCUUGGUCUCCCGAUACCGCACCAGUGAGACAAAAAAUGCUUUAUGCCUCUACUAAAGCUACAUUGAAGCAAGAGUUUGGUACAUCUUCAAUAAAAGAAGAACUGCACGGCACUGUUCCAGAAGAUAUUACACUGGAUGGUUAUCAUAAGCACAAGAGAAAUGAUACAGUACCUGUACCAUUGACAACAGCAGAGGAAGAAUUGGCAGAAUUGAAAAAGACUACCGCAACUACAGAUUAUAGUGUGGAAACAAGACACCAGACAUUAAGUGGCGUAGCAUUUCCAGUAACAGAUGAAGCCAAGCAGGCUAUUAUAGAAUUCGAUAAAGGAAUUUAUGAAUAUGUCCAAUUAAAAAUUGAAUUGGAUGAAGAAAAGAUACAUCUAGUAACAGCUUGUGAUGUUUCAUUAGACAAAUUACCUACUAAAAUUCCAUCCGAUGCUGCUAGAUAUCAUCUUUAUAAUUUUAAACAUACUCAUGAAGGAGAUUAUACAGAAAGCAUAGUUUUUAUAUAUAGCAUGCCAGGAUAUAGUUGCAGUAUUAAAGAAAGAAUGUUGUAUUCAUCGUGCAAAGCACCUCUUCUUGAUCUUAUCCAGUCUCUGGGAGUAACUAUAGCAAAAAAGUUGGAAGUAAAUAGUGGGGAAGAGUUAACAGAUAUGUUAGAAGAUCCUCCAAGCAUAAAAUACACAGCUGCAAUAACUCCCGCAACUCCAUCAACACCUUGUGCCCCUACUCAAUUCAUACCAGAGAAAAAAUCAAAACAGAAACGAUCUUGUGUUUUAAGCUAAAACAGGCCUAAAGCAUUUAUCUCUGCCAUUAUUAUUGCUUCUGCUAAUUGAAGUAUUUGUGAUGUUUUGCGCAUCAAAUAUCUUCCUUCAUGAAUUCCAGAAUUAUAGUAUAUAAUAUUGUAACAUCAUUAAUGGAUCAUUUAAAAUAAAAUAAUGUGUUUCUAAUGUUUCCAAUAUUAGAACAAAUUACAAUUGCAAUAUAUAUUGCAAACUAAUUUAGAAGCAGUAGAAAGCGCAGUAGAAAGCGCGCACUAUAUAAAAAAAUAUUAAUCUCAGUGUUGUUAACCAACAUUUAGAAUUAAUUUAUGUGUCAAAGUAAAUAUGUAAAUCUAUUUAAUGAAACAAGAUAGACUUUAAAUAAUGUAUUUUUCUAAAUAAAAGCAAAAAUGUCAGACAUGUGAAAGGCUCUCUGUUGCAAAACUCCAUUAUAUUUACUAAUAACUUAAUGUGAGAUGCCUAUAUAAUAGAACUCCAUAUAGUACGUAUUAUAUUUUAAAGAAGACUAUAUGAAAUUAUUCAUUUAUAUAAAAAACAGUGCUGAGAUGGAGUAAAAUCAUUUUGUUUGAUAUUAAAAACUAAGCCUCAUUUUCCAGAUUUUAUAUUUGACAUAUAAGCAAUAUGUGUGAUAUGACAAACGCGAAUAUAAUUUAAUUAUAUAUAGAGAAUUUAACAACAUUCUAUUCACAUAUAGUUCCUCUUCAUUUUUUAUUUUAUAUAUACUUUUAUAUGAAUGUGCGAUUCCUAUAUUUAAUAUACUAUAUAUAUACACACACACACCCACGUACACAAUCUGAUUUAAGUGAACAUGCGGGAUUAUUUUUUGAGGGAUUAAAGAUACGAAAAAAAGUUGCUUUUACAAAAAUUAUUUUGUUUGAAAGAUAACGAUAAGUGGUGUGAUUAGUUUUUUUUUAAGGUAGAAGUGUGUAGAGGAAAUUUCAAAGUUAACUUUAUUUAUUUAUUUUUUUUUUUUUAAUGGUAUGAUAUAUUUAUUUAUCCAUAAUGUGAUAACAUAAUUGACAAUUUUUUCGUAUUUUUAAUUGAUCACGAAAUAAUCACGUAUAUCCACUUACAAUUAGAUAUAUUAUGCAUACACACACACCCACAUACACAUACAUACACACACUUUAAAAAAAUAUAUAUUAUUAUAUAUGUUUAUAAUUACGUUAUAUUGAAUCCCGAAUUAGUUCCUAGUCCUAUUAAAAGUGAUAUGUGUCAUUUUAAGUAUUUUUUAUAAGUGGAAUUUGAAGGCUUGGCUUUUAAGCUCAUUCAAAUAGUCAUGUAGGAUUUAGUAAUGCAAUAUUUUUAAUAUUGAUCCGUAGUAAUUUGCGUACAAUAUGUGAUGGAUAGAGAGUUGGGAAAAAUUGCGUAUUCGCUCUAUAUAGAGAUAAAGGAAAAAAAAAGAGAUAGAGCUAAAGCCAUUCGCCUAACUUUUCUACAUAUGUAUUUUCAAAUAUGAUGAUAAUGUAGUGGACAGUGAUAAAUACGCGCAAGCGCCACAUUAACAUAAAUAUAUAUUUUUUUUGCACAUUAUUAUUUCAGCUAUAAAAUAGUGAUAACACACUAGUUAUUCUACAUAUAAAAUUUUAUAUCAUGUUUUACACUAUUGUAAAUGCUAUAAAAUAUUAGAUUCUUCACAAGUAUAUGCGUAUGAAAUAAGACUGAUUUGAGAAGAGUCCUAUCAGCUGUUAACGCAUGUUAAACAUUUGCAUUUACAUAACUGUAAGAUCUUGCAAGAUCAAUUUAAAAUUAUCCGUUCAUUGAAUCCUUAAAAAGUUACAUUAUAACAAAAGAUCUUUACAUUUUUAAUGUAUUUAUUGUUCUUUAAUACGUAUGUCUCCAAAGUAUUUUCUUAAACAUUUAAAUAUGUAUGCAAUUUACAGCAGAUAGGACUAAAAUUUGAUAACCAGCAACAAAAUAUACAAGAGGCAUUCUAUUUUUUGUGAUCUGUAUUUUUUUAAUAACUGUAGCUUUUUAUAAACUUUAAAUAUUUUAGUCUAAAAUAGAAAGAAAUAAAAAUAGUUAGAUCUACUUGUGCUGUGAAGAUAAUUUGUGAGUUAAAUUCUUGUAAUUUUUCCUCUUCCGUGCACAGUUAUGUUUCUUAUAUUAUAUAAAUAGGCAAAAAUAAUGUUUCUCUUUCUAUAAAUAGAGAGUUUUAAAGAAUAGAUUUUAGAGAAAUUUAUAAUAUCUUUAUUAUAUAUGAAUUAUAAAAGUUAUGGAGGAUUCUAUCUAUAACAGUUUAUCUAAAGCCGGAAGAGAAAAUAAAAGAGAAUAUUUGGCUCACACACAUUCGCUAGAUAUAAUUAAGUUAAUUCUUAUACUAUACUAAAAAGAACUAGUUAGUGUUCUAUUUUACAAGAUCAUGACGCACAAUGUUGUCUAGUAUAUCUUAAUUAAGUAUCAUAUCAGGCCUAUUCUGUAAUUCUUUAAUUUUAUCUUAGCUCUGAUUUCUCUUCUCAGUUAUGGUUAUAUAGAUUCAUUAAAGUCAAGGAAAUUGUAUAUCUUGUCAAUAUCAAAUAUAUUGGAAAUAAUAAAGCAUCAUGCAAUUUAAACUUA